AUGCUGGUGCAGGCAGAGGACGCACGACUCAUGGGGGACAUGUGAGUGACGCCACACCAACCACCACCUCCCUGAUUUCUCUGUAGGAUUCCUCUGCUUGGCUUUUCUUUUCAUCCCUUCAUCUUUUUGCUUGACAGGAGGAACAUGAAGAAGAGCUACAUUGAGCUCUAUGACCUGAACAGAGACCUGAUCAAUGAGUACAAGAUCCGAUCCAACAAUCACAAUGCUCUCCUCGCCUACCUUAAGUCUGCCAACCAGGCCCAUUCAGAGGGCAGGGAGACUGAGAGGUGAGUAGGGGUUGACAGGGUGAUCAGUGGGGGAUAGCGUUUGUAGAGGAUUUAAUGUGUUUUGAAGGGUUCGGGACUUUCCUAACCUCUCCUACUCUUUGUCUCUCUCAGUGGGUAAGCCGAAGAAUCAGGUUAUCACAGCCUGCCGAGAUGCUAUCAAAAACAACAAUGUCAAUGCCCUGUUCAAGAUAAUGAGAGCAGGCACAGCCUCUUCCUGUGGGCACCCCCUGUGUGAGAGGGGGGAGCCAGUCUGGGGGGAGCCAGGAGAGGAGGCUUUAUAAGUGAGGCAAAAGUCUAGUUCUCUAGUGGCAAGGCCUGAAGAAUAGUCAGGCCUCUCCUGCACCCCCAGAUGCCAUUGGUCAGCAGUGAUGUUUUAGAGGAGUCAGUGGGUGGGAGUAACUGUCAAGUUGUAAAUGUGGUUUUGUAGCAAAAUAAAUCUAUACUCCUUUAAUGUUAAAUGGGACCAGCAGUGUGUGAUACAUGUUUACCUUUUGUAGAUUGUAAAUAGACAGGGAACUUUGUGUGUGUGCAGAAAAUGUAACGCUAAACUAAAUGGUCUUUUAACUUAAUAUGUCUGUUUUUUGUUUUCAUUGUAGUAUUUUCAUUCAACUCUUGUUGGUUGAAUGAAUGUCUUCAAUGUCUCUCAGGCCAGAGUGCUGUUAAGUGAAUUCAGCUCCUAAAUUGCAGCCAUUUAAUACAGCUAGGGGCUAGAAGUACAUAUGGUGCUGUAUUGCAAGGACAUCAGUCACCAUGAUAAAAGUACAAAGUGUCUGACAAAAAAAUAAGUCUGCUAGGUCCGGAUCAUUAUGCGACCCCCUUUCCCCUUACUUUAUAUUCUUGGAGAGUCUGUUUCCAGUUGCUGCGCUGGCAUCUGGCUCACAGCUGGACCAGCGACUCCCACACGUGUCACGUGA